CAAAAACCGGCAUACACCACCACUCCAAACCGGGUCCACCGACCCACUGAAUCCUCACCGAGCCCUCCCUCCACUUCGUCCACUUCGAUCUUCACCAAGCCGGACCACGCUCACAAAACGGCACGGAGCGGCAUUGCUUGCUCUCGUCUCCGCGUCCUCUCUCCUCAACCUCCCUCCGGACACGCCCACCUAAAGCACGUGCGGCGUCUCACGUCAUCACGUCCCCAGGCACCAAAAGCUAUGGCUACACCACUUAACGCUUCGGCUCCUCACCCCACUG